AUGCUCCCGGAGAUUCUUCCUUCAUCAUCGUCACUCGUCGCCGCCUUGUCUUCUGUGCUUCUUUGGUCCGUCGCUCAUUCAUCGCCAACGUUUGGAUCCUCCACUCCAUUCAUCACAAAGAGAGACACUGUUAGAGACGGUCCGCCGCUGUCUGCUCGGGUUCUGCGGGAUACUAGAAUUCUUCCCGUGCAGAUUGGUGGUAUCGUUGCGGCAUACGGUGUAUCGUUGGUGCUGGUCGCCAUCGCCUUACUUGCGCUAUCAAAACGACGCCGAGAACAUCUUCGGGGAACGGAUAUACCCAGCUACGUUUUCCAGCCAAACUUUCCGGUUGCAGAAUUUCAGCAACAAUUUGAAUUCACGAAUCAACAAGCCGAGGGCCAUAUUGUUCCUCCCUUAAUAAUUCCAAAGUCAGAGUACAUCCACUCUGGUCCCUACAGCGCCCGAGUCUUUGACUACAAGAACGGGUCAUCGUCAUACGUCAUCCCAUCGCCUUCUUCAUCUGCAAUUCCAUCAACUCUUGGAGUCUCACCGCUUGUAGACCAGUCAAUCGUCGCAGCAGAUAGAGCCAUGGCGCAACAGCAGCUGGAAGAGAUGUACAAGUACGUCAUGGAGCACGAGGAGGCAAAGCAGAAGGGAAUCAUUCUCGAAUCUCCGGUUGUGGCUCCGAGCCCCCAAGAGUCGACGGCAUCUGAUAAGUCCAAGGGCCUCUUAUCAAAGAAGAGCAAGUCAAAGCCCGCCGGUCUCAACUUGGCGGCCGCCAAGGAAGAAAAGUCCAAGUCAAAGACUUCGGCUCUUUUCUCUUCCCUCCUAUCUCCCAAGAGGAAGGAAGCCAAGGGAAUGAGCAUUUCGUCUCCCAUCAUGACCCCCAUGUCGGGCACUUUUCCCCAGCAUGAGUCUCGAGAGAUGAGCGCCAUUCCGCCACGACACUAUGCUCCUCCUCCUCCUCCGCCUGUUCCAACGGACCAGGUGCCAUACGGCGCCUACAGGGCUUCGGGUGCCCCAAUUACUCCGGAUAUGUCACCUCAGAGUAUCCAAACCAUUGAUGAGCGUAUUGGAGCUUCUCUUGAUCGAAGCUCGAGGACCACCCUGCCAUAUACCGAGAGAGACCCUGAGUCAGCCACCUCGGAUCACUCGCAAGUUCCUUUGGUUGGUCUCCCAUCAUCUCCCAAGCCUGGAAGCACGUUUCCUUCGCUUCCUUCUUCACCACGACCUGGUGCCUCCUUUUCUCGCCCUAACCCUCCUUCUGCGGUCCGAACCGGCGGUACCCUUCCUCUUCGCGCUUAUGAGGAGCAACUUGGUUCGCCUUUUGUUACCAAUCAGACCACCAAGCAGACUGUCUUUGAGAGAACCGGCCCUCUAUCGCCCUCAGGCAGGACCCCAUUCACCGCGAGCGCCGUGCCCUACUCUCCGUACCAACCAUAUACCCCCCUUGUCCCAAUCACUCCCGGCUUGGUCACCAAGGAGGAUCGCAAGCGCAUGAAGCGAAUGGUCCCCAAGACGCCUACCUUGGAGAUGGUCAGGAGCUCUGAUGAUGUCUGGUAA